AUAGAAAGAAUAAGCGGGGAUUUCAGCAUUGCUAUCCAUAAUUGUUCGUCAUGCGUGCCGACCUGGUCAAAUCUAACUGGCAAUGAAUACACCACUGACUGUUGCUUUUCUGACAGAUGUAACGACAAUUCGAGACGAGUGUUACAGUAUAUCAUGUUAUACUGAAGGGUGUUUGAGUGAUGCCAUAAGUGAAGGGAAUGCUAAACUGUGCCCUGUGCCUCUAAAUGGGGAGUGUAUGACAACAAAGACAAAUGAAAUGUAUAUCACUUCUUGCUCCCAAGGGCCCUGUCAUGCCGUUCAAAUAGAAGCCAGCAAAAUUGAAUGCUGUACCGGAAAUCUCUGCAACUUGCCAACUACAACUUGUACAAAACUAUAUAAGCACAACUUCAUGAACAGCUUUUCCAUACAUUUGCUUGCAUAAAGCAGUCUGCAUGUUUUACCACACAUAGUUUAUUUGAGGCUGUUUUACCGUUCAGAGUGUAUUUGAUUGGAAUUCACCAGCUGCAUCUGGACAUUACUCUAGGCACGGGCGGGCAGCUUGAUAGAACCACUAAGCUUUCGAAGAUGAUUUUCAUCUACGAGAGUCUAGUUGAUAUUAAAACAUACUACAUGUUCAUACUUUGAGAAUUUAAUACCAAGACGACGCAUAGCGACAGUAAAGGAAACACAAAAAGACCGAAACCCAUAUUGUAAAUUGAAGAUCUAGUAUAAUGAUGAUAUAAGUAACUAAGUACCGACGGAAAAGAUGAAAAGUUCUUUGAACUAAGAAACCCGUGUAUCUACAGUUACAAAAUAUUUACGCUGAUAAGCAAAAAUCUGCAAUGCAAUGUAUAUCAACGCAUGUGUAUUGCAGGUCACUACGUAUUUAAUAAAAUGAAAUUCGUCCAAACAAUGAAUAACGAUUUCCCAUUCUUUUCUUCAAUAUAAUAUCUAAAUACUAUUUUUUCUUUUUUAAUAUAAGUAAAGGUGAAAUACGGGUAAAGGUACCUCAUGUCAUUCUGAUGUUUUUACGUAAACUUACAGACCUAUUGAUGUUUAGCUAACCUGAGCGGUGAGCUAUCAGUGUCGCCCUGUGUCCGUCGUCAUUAGUCCGUCGUCGUCAACAAAUUAAAUGCUAACAUUCUCGAGGUCACA